AUGCAAGCCCCGAGCGAGGACGAUGUUGCACGCAAGGAGGCUCUUAAGCGACGUGUGGAGGAACAUAUGUUGUGGAAGAUGACAUUCUUUCAGAGCAGACCGCCUCCACCGUUUAUUCCGAAGUGUCGUCGCCGCCCUGAGCCUAUCGCCAAUGCCCCUGUUCAUUCCUUUUAUAAGCGAGCCCUGGAGAUUGUGAGUGCUGAAAAAGAGCACGUGUCAUCCUCCUGCUCCUCCGCCUCACCGCCAACAAUGACGAAGACGGACCCACCGGAAGGGGAUGGAGCAAAGAGCAAACAGGAUGUCUGGAAGCAUAAAAUGAUGCUCGAGAUGGAACGCCGCAACCCAUACACUGACAUCAACAUCCGCACAGAUCCCCGGAGCACCGUGGUGGUCUCUAGUCUGCAUCCCAAGUCUUUAGAGGAGGACAUACGUUUGUUCGGGGAGCAAUUCGGCCGGGUGGUGAGCGUACGCCUCAUAUGCGACCACAAUGGGAAGAGCCGCAGGUAUGGUUUCGUCCAGUUUGGGUUGGAGGCGGAGGCCCGAAAGGCGGUUGCACACAGCCGCAAGCGUCGACUACAUGGACACGCUGUAGUGAUGGAAAUGGAGCGUGGGCGGCUGGAUCGCGACUUUUUGCCGAAGCGCCUUGCGGAGGCGAAGCGUCAAAUUGAAGGGUCGUCGUCGUUGUGUAGCGACAAACGUCAGCGUAUGGAGGGAAGCGUCAAGUGUCCGCCAGCCGUCGCAGCGGGAAGAAGUUCGCCCAUCCCGGUCUCCGAUACUCGUGACGAGGUCGAUGCCUUUCUUGACGACAUUAUGAAUCUUACGUGA